AUGCAAAGCCAUCACCUUGCACUUGAGAUUAUCGCACAGCAGGGGCGAUCAGCCUUGAAAGAGGCGGUGCGCAAGAGUGAUGAAGCUUACUCGCAAUGGUUGGAAGAAGCUUGCAAAGGGGGUAUGCGAGGCCUGUACAAGGCUUUGAAGUCUGAAGACUCCAUCCCGGACAGGCCAUACAGAAACAUACCACUCGAAAUUCGCCCGCACAUCAGGCGGGCUCACUGGGCUGACGUGUGGCAGCCCAUGCCUGGCAAUGAGGUCAAUCCCAAUAUUGAUUUUGAUUGCCUCAGGGAUGCUUCUGUAAGCCAAGCCAAAACCCUUCCUCCCAUAACAGGUCCAAUGGUGGCGAAGGUGAUCAAACGAAUGCCGACUAAAGCUAUUGGUGCAGACGGGUGGAGUGUCCAGAUGCUUAAAUGUCUUGCCCCCUUGCAGCUUGAAAGAUUGGCACAAUUCUUUAAUACCUGGGAGGGUCAGGGUGCCUUCCCGACCCAGCUCUCGGUUGUUCUGGUUGCACUCAUUAACAAGUCUGAGGAUGAGGAGCGCCCAAUUGGACUGACGCCAGUCCCAUACCGACUGUGGGCAAAGAUACGUUGGCCUGUCUUUGAGAAAUGGCUCCGGGAAUAUGCUGCCACCCAGGAUUGGGACAGGGCAAAGAAGGGCCUUUCAAGUCUUGAUGUUGCGUUGCGCCGUAAGCUGUCGCAUGAAAUUCUCCACCGGAAAAAGCGACAUUCAGUGACAGUGCUUUUAGAUUUAAAGGCCUUUUAUGAAAAUGUCCGACAUGAUAAUUUCGUCAAGCAGGCCAUUUCCCUCAAAGUUCCGCCGUUGAUCCUGAAUGCAGCAAUGUCGCUAUACUCUGCUCAGCGCUUGAUCAGUGCUGAACACUGUGUCUCUGGUCCGAUCAAGCCCACCAAGGGCUUAGUUGCGGGCUGCCCAUUUGCGCCUGGUCUCAGUAAGAUCCCUUUUGACGAGAUCCUGCGCCCGGCAUGGGUUUCUGGCCUUGCCAAAACCAUUGAUCUCUACAUUGACGAUACUAGCUUUGACACUGAGGCUGGUAACCCCCACACAGCAGCGCGCCGGGCGGUGCAAUUGAAUAAGGCUGUGGUAGGAGGUUUGACAACUGCUGGCCUCCCAGUCAGCCUGGGCAAGACAGCUUUUGUAUGCUCGUCUCCAAAAGUUGAAGCUGCCCUUAAAGAGUAUCUUCCUGAAUCUGAUCAAAUCAAGAAUGCCGCGAAGGACCUGGGGAUUGAUUGUACGGCUGGGCGUAGAAGGCGCAUUCCGUUCCACCGUAAAAGGUUUGGGAAGGGCGUUAAGCGCAAGGCUAGGCUCUCGACCCUGCGUGUGAAAUCGAUGCCAGCUAGGGUCAGAGCCCUGAGGGCGGGGGUCCAAACUGUGGGCCUUUAUGGCCAUGAGGCAGUUGGGCUUGCGCCAAAGCGUAUGCAUUGGUUGCGUGCUUCCUUCGCACAUGAGUUGGGGCGAAUGUCUUUGGGCUCGGUUGACCUCACCAUUGACCAUGCGUGCCCUAAGCGGCCGGACCCGGCCUUUACUAUCAUUUCCCAGCACUUCAAGGCCAUUCACAGGCUUCUGGGCUUCAUUCCCGAUAGCCAAAGGCAGCACUUUGAUGAUGUCUUGCCGGGUAUGUGGCUUGAAUACUCACAGGUGGAGUACCCCUGGAAGCGCGCUGCAGGGCCGGUUGGGGCCCUCCUAUGUUACCUGCUUGACUUGGGUUGGACCCCGGUCAGUGCGGACACUUGGAAAUGCCCUGAACAAUCGCACAGCGUCACCACCAAAGUAGGCAUGCACCACCUCCUUUGCUCCCUUUCUAAGGAAACUGAUAGGUGGAGGCUCGCACGUAUAGCCCAGCACGACAUGCUUGAACCUCUGAGUGUGGGAAUUGAUUGGGUUCCCCUCAGAAAGCUUCGGAAUAAGAUGACAGGCCAGGAGAGGUCAGGACUCAUGGCUGUUUGGCAAGGAGCAAUUCGUGCUGAUCCUUGUGCCACUUGCCUGAGGUGCGGCUGUGCUGCUACCAUGCAACAUGUCUUAUGGGAGUGUGACUGGUGGCGAACCAACCUCCCGGAACCGGCUUCCUUUCCUAGAUUUCGGCAAGAGUGGCCCAUUUCGUCACUGUGGGCCAGAGGCCUUCUGCCUGGGGAAUGGGUACGAACUACUGGUGCCUGGUGUGAUGGCCAGGUCAUUUGUGGCGAGGCGAUAUACUUUGCUACUGAUGGCUCCCCGGGGAAAUCCAAGGACCCCAGGUUCCAUCGGUAUACCUGGGCUGCGAUUGCCUUUAAGCUUGAAGGGGAUGAGCCCGUCACGAUCGCGACAGCUGUCGGCUCACUGCAAUCUCCGCUAUCGGUGUUCCGGGCGGAGGCAGCGGCUGUCAAGUUUGUAGCUGAGCAUAGUGAAGGGAACGCAGACCUCACCUUGGAUUGCAAGGGCAUCCUGCCCAGAGUGAAUGGUACACCUUCCAUCCAGUCUGCCGACCUCUUCGACCCCAUCCGACUGCAUGCACAGAGACUCAGCCUUAACUGGGUAUCCUCGCAUUUAACGGAAGAACAAUUCCGAGCAAAGUUUGGUGCUAACCAGCUUUGGAGGCGACGUGCUAACGAAAUUGUGGACCAGCUUGUUGGCACGGCUGCCGAAGCUCGUAGGGACCUGAACUUUGAAUCCCAAAUUAAAAAGCGUGAUGCAGUUGCCAUUCAGGUUAACUCCUUGUUGGCCAAGAGAGCUGCAGCUCUCCUUUCGUAUGACAAGGACCAAGGACCGCUGGUUCAGCGGAGAAGGGUGGAACCGCAGGAUGAGCAAGCCCCUGAGCCCGGGCCACAACACGUGCAACCCCCUGAGCCCUUGGUGGAUAACCAGGCUCAGGAGAGGAGGAAUCCUGGAGUCGUGCUUCGGGAAAAUCCUCAGCUCGAGCAGCGCAAUCCUGUGCACCGCCCCCCAGCCGUGGUGGCAAACCAGGCUGAGAGGGAUGAAGCUCCUGGAAUUGUCCUUCGGGAGAAUCCCCAUGCACCUGGGGCUGGUCCGGUUUUGGGUGCCCCAGACCAGGACAGCUGCUCUGAAGAAAGCGAGGAGGAGCCAAUGGUGCCUGAUCCCAUUGUGCAUCCCGAGCCUCCUCCAGCACCGCCAGCUGCGCCUAUGCUGCCUGCCCCGUUGAACUUUGACGAUAUGGAUCAAGAAGCGGGCGCAGCCUUUGCUAUUGCUGAGAGGGCUCGCAAUACCAAGCCAGGACUGGUGGCUUUCAAAUCCGAUCUGGGCUAUCCUGGUGUCUUCCAGGCCCUCCCCAAGGACUUGAUCCACGUGUGGUUCAAUGACACGGGGGACAGCGCUGCGGCGUAUCUCCACAAUGGAAGAACCAGAUUCGGAUAUGACGCUGGUGGUGGCUACGUCUUGAAGGUUGGGACGAAGCAGGCCUUUGGAGAUGAGGUGGCGAUUUCGGCCUUGCUUCCUAAGGUGGCAGCCACCAUCAUUGGGGCUGGAUCUACGACACUGCAGGUGCUGCUCUCUGGGCGACCAUGGGAGUUCAGGUCCCAUUUGGUGGCUUGGUCGAUGGUGGAAAAAGUCGAGCUCCUCACGGAUUUUGGUUCUCGGAACCAGAUCCACCCUCAGUGGUCCUUGUAUGCCUUCGCCCUCCUUUUGCAAUUGAGCCGUCAUUUUGCUCUUCGUGAUGUGUCAAAAACCAACCUGGGAAUUAAGCCAGGACUCAGUGCUGCGACGCCCAUGUUGUGUUUUUUCGAUCUCGCGGAUUGGCACUUCGAAGGGCUUCAUGCUGGAAGGUGGAUUCCCAAGUAUAGCUUGCGCAGCUUCGUCGAGACCCUUCGAUGUGUCUGUGACGUUACGCCAUUGGAGCCGUAUCUCCGCAGGCAGGCGGUGGUCCCUUGCCUCAACGAGAUCAUUGCAGUUCUCCCCGCUGCGCUCAAGGCAAACUUGGAAAUCCAAAUGGUCCUCAUGGACGGCCGACUUUCUGAUUGGGCUCACCUUGCUGCAUUGGCUAACCAAUAA